AUGUUUUUCCUGGAGGUUAGCGCCUACUUUCCUAAUGGCUAGCCACAAAUCCACAUAGCUUAGCCACGUUAACAUUUUGCAUGACAUUUCACAGCUAGAUCGAACCGGAACACAGAAAACGGAUCAGACGAACUCAGCUCGGCGUGUUUUGUCGUUUUUACUCGUCAUGUAGCCUCGAUCCGACGUCCGAGGAGUAACAGAGUCAGUCAGCGUGUUGUGAACUGCCACUUUCAACCAAAACAAUGUUGACAGACGACCUGUGGACACAUAUCAGCAACCAGUCAUUUCAAGGAUGGACAAAGGUGGAGUGAAGAAGAUAGCAUACAGAAGAGAUGACCAUUUAAGCAAACUUGUCUACACUGAAAGCCCAGAGGAGGGAGGUCUGUUGAAAGUGGCUCCUCGCAGUGCCAUGUCCAUCACCUCUGCCACCUCUGUCACCUCUGUCGUUCUUCCAUCCAGCCCAUUGAUGCAGCCAGGACAGGUGCCUAACGGCCUCAGCAACACCCCCCUUCCAGAGGAGCUCACCUCCACCUCUCUCACUGCCACUUUAGGCUCUCUGUUAGACGGCCCAGAGACCAGGGGCCUGACCAAAGAUCAGAGAUUGCAGCAGCAGCAGUUACUUCAGACACAGACUUCCACUAAUUUCGGGCGUCAAAACUUAGCAGAAAAUUUGCCCCAAUUGGAGGCCAGUAUAACAGACAUUACCCAGUCCUCCAUGGAUUCACUUAUUGGGGGAUCAGAUCCUAACUUCUUCCCUAUGAAAACAGAGGAUUUCUCCAUGGAUAAAGGAGAGCAGGACCCCAUUGACCUCGAUCAUCCCUUUGGGAUUGGGAAAGAUGUGGACGUGAACCAGAAAUUGUUCAGUGACAACGCUCUGGACCUGCUUCAAGACUUUGACCUCACUGGGUCCCCCUCAGAUUUUUAUGUAGGGGAUGAUGCCUUUCUCUCCACUCUGACAGAUGAUUCUUUGCUUGGUGAUGUUAGCUCAGAGAGGGACAUGAAGCCUGCUGUGGUUGAGAGCAUUAACACCACUGGGGGAGUCACUGUUGCCCUCAAUGGCAGCAACAUGACAAGUCCAGAUCAGUCCAGCUCCAGCAUAUCCACAACUGCUUCCUUAACGUCUACAACCACUUUGUCUGCAUUGGUGAAAAAAGAAAAAGAUGCCAGCUUCAUUCAGCUCUGCACCCCUGGUGUGAUUAAACAGGAGAAGACUUCUGCAGGCCACAGUUAUUGCCAAAUGAGUGGCUCGUCCUCUGCAGACGUGCCCGGCCCCAACCCCAUCUCCAUCUGUGGGGUCAGUACUUCAGGAGGACAGAGCUACCACUUUGGAGUCAACGCCAGAAACAAUGAAGCUCAGCAGCAGAAGGAUCAGAAGCCAGUGACCAGCCUGUAUCUCCCAGUAACGACCAUUAGUGGGGUCUGGAACAGAGGCCAAGGCAUUGGGGACAACUCGGCAAUCCACAGGGCCAGUGAGGCUUUCUCAAGCUCUCCCUCCUUCCCCUCCUCCUUUGCCAGUUCUACCUCCAGACAAGAAGGGGGCACCGCUGCAUCCACGCAGGGAAAAAGCGGGGGUCAUAAGAUCUGUCUGGUUUGCUCGGACGAGGCUUCAGGCUGCCACUAUGGCGUUCUCACCUGCGGCAGCUGCAAGGUCUUCUUCAAGAGAGCAGUGGAAGGGCAGCAUAAUUACCUGUGUGCUGGGAGGAACGACUGCAUAAUAGACAAGAUUAGAAGGAAGAACUGCCCAGCUUGCCGCUUCCGCAAGUGUCUGAUGGCAGGCAUGAACCUGGAAGCUCGCAAAACCAAGAAGCUGAAUCGCUUAAAGGGCGCCAACAUGAGCAACCCGCCCGAGGUGACACCUUCUCCGCCAAUUGAGGCUCGCUCCCUUGUGCCCAAGUGCAUGCCUCAACUUGUUCCCACAAUGCUGUCCCUGCUGAAGGCCAUAGAGCCGGACACCAUCUACGCCGGCUACGACAGCACCCUGCCCGACACCUCCACCCGCCUCAUGACCACCCUCAACAGGCUGGGUGGCCGACAGGUCAUCUCUGCUGUCAAGUGGGCCAAGGCUCUGCCAGGAUUCAGGAAUCUGCACCUGGAUGACCAGAUGACUCUGCUGCAGUGCUCCUGGCUCUUCCUCAUGUCUUUUGGUCUGGGCUGGAGGUCUUACCAACAGUGCAACGGCAACAUGCUGUGCUUUGCACCAGACCUCGUCAUCAAUGAGGAGCGGAUGAAGCUGCCCUACAUGGCCGACCAGUGCGAGCAGAUGCUGAAGAUUUCUAGCGAGUUUGUCCGGCUGCAGGUUUCCCACGACGAGUACCUGUGCAUGAAGGUCCUGCUUCUGCUCAGCACAGUGCCAAAGGACGGCCUGAAGAGCCAGGCGGUGUUCGAUGAGAUUCGAAUGUCGUACAUCAAGGAACUGGGCAAAGCCAUUGUGAAGCGCGAGGAGAACUCCAGCCAGAACUGGCAGCGUUUUUACCAGCUCACAAAGCUACUGGACUCCAUGCAUGAGAUGGUCGGUGGACUGCUCAGCUUCUGCUUCUACACCUUUGUGAAUAAAUCUCUGAGCGUGGAGUUCCCGGAGAUGCUGGCAGAGAUCAUCAGCAACCAGUUACCAAAAUUCAAAGCCGGGAGCGUGAAACCUCUCCUCUUCCACCAGAGAUGACUGAUCCCCAUAACAGACACAAUGCCUUAAAAAUCCCACCACAUCACCUCACCUUCCCAGCCCGAUUCAACCAACCACCCCACCUCCCCCAAGAAGAGCGACGAUGAAAGGACUGAGGAUCCAAGGCGAGGAGUGAAUGAUGUUUUUGGGAGCGAGUAUGCAACUUGGCUCGCGGGUCUGGGGGAAUAGAGCAGAAGCAUUUGCGUAGAUCCCAGACAGCGAGCACAAGACGUUUUGUUUUGUUGAUCAGUAAGAUGUAGUGAAUAACAGCAUAGGAAACGUUUGUAAGAUAAAAGAUAAUCACAAAGAGAAAAUAGGCUAACAUCAAUGUCGUCUCAGGUUUCUUACCUUCAAAUUCAGAACGAUAUCUAAAAUAGAUAGAACAAAUAUCUAUGUACAGGUUCUGAUAGUAUUUUCUACAUUUUCAAAUUAUAACAGUUUAUACAAUUUUCCAGGUCGUUGUUACCUGAGGAGGUAACAAAGCUUAAUACCAUGCUCUUAAGUAGGCUUCUAGACUGUAUGUUCCACUUUUAGUUUUUAUAGGAGGUCGUAACAAAAUGUUUCAGUCACACAAGGGGGGAAAAUAGAAACUCUUGUUUUCUAGUCAUCUGAAAAGCAUAUUUCAUUGCUUUGAUCGAGUAACUUCGGACACAAGAAACAACUGCGUGGAACUGUUAACCGACGUCCACCAGUCAAAGGAUGAUUUCUCCCACAAGCCACCUCUUCCAGGUUUACACAUGUCUAUUAUAAAAGGGAAAAAACGUGCCUUUUUUGCUUCAAAUAUCAUCUUUAGCCAUUUUCUUCCUUCCAUACUCCUCUUUGACCUGUCACGCUCUACCUUCAUCAUAUGUUGAUUGUACUUUUGAUAUUACAUGCAGUUGCAAGUUUUCCUUUUUCAAACGGCUGUGUUUAUCUUUAGAAGCGGCAGCUCAGUCCAUCCUCUAUGUGUAGAAAUGAUCCUCAUUGUUAUGAAACAAUAUUCAAAGCCUGCUUCCUUUCAUGCGAUCUCCCGCACACAACUCCUUAAGUGCUAUUUGAGCACUUUGUUCUCUGCUAAAGGCUUUAAAAGACUGUGAAGAAAGGCUGUUACACUGUACCAGUCUUUACUGUAUGACCUUAGAUGGAAGUUAGAACUUUUUCUAUUAGGAAGUAGCCCAUUUUUCGUUUUCAUUUUUAGCUCCCACUCCUGCCCCAGUAGUCCAGUAGUGGAAUGUGAUAGAUAUCUGCGUCUACCAAUCACAAGUGAGAGGGCGUAUUUUAUUGUGUUUGCAAGAUUGUCAUUUUUAAUUAAUCAGGAAAACUAAUUUCUGUGUUUUUAAUAUGGCUCAAACUGGUUGGAAAAUAACCGUCCUUCACAUUUUCAAUUCUUUUACAGUCUUUGGUAAAAAUGCAGCCAUGAUUCUGCUUCUGAUGAUUCUUUCCGGCAUUAUGUCCUCGCUCUUAAUAGGCAUCUGCUUCGGAUAACCUUUUUUUUUUUUUUUGUUAAUCGAAGGCCUGUGUAUUAUUAUAUUGCUAUAUUUGUUAAAGGAACAGUUGAACAUUUUGGGAAAUACAGCAACACAGUUUUUUGCAAAAAGAUUUGAAUGAUGAUACUCGGGGGUCGACCGAUAGUUGUGUUUCAGGGCCGAUAUCGAGGAGACUGAUAACUGAUGUUUGUAAUCAGUAUAUAUUUGCACUUAGAAGGAAAGCCGUGGUGUCAAAAGUGAGAAACUCCAAACUUGAGUUGUAGUGAUGUAUUCAUGUAGUUUAAUCUACAGAGAACUUUUUAACACAAAUCUAUCUGUGUUAGUAGCUCAGAGUAGCACAUUGUUGAAUUUGUUUCGGGAGCACUUAAAAAAAUACCUACUAAAUACAGAAAUUGAUACCAGUAAUUAGAAAAAUGUGGGCUGUGAUAAUUGGCCAUACCAAUAAUCGGUUGACCCCCUGUUGAUGCUGCCGUCUUACAGCUAGCUCGGUUCUGUUGAAGGGUAACAAAAUCCAUCUACCAGCUCAAGUCACCCGUUAAACCAACUAUUCAGCCUCUUAUGGUGAAUGAUGGGCUAUUUCAUGACCAGGACUAGUUGCCAGGCAACCAGCGGAGGUUUCAAAGAUGUAACUUAUCCCGGCCACAAAACGUACCAUAAAGGCUGAAUGCCCUCAAAGGGUUGUUUUUUUGUCAUAGUUUGUUUCUGUUGAGUAAAACGUGUGUUGCUGAGCUGUGGAGGAUUUAGUUAUCUCCAAACGGAGCGAGCUCAGCCGUUUUCCCGGGUCCAGUCUUUAUGCUGGAGCUAAGCUAACCAGCUACAGCUUAUCGUAGAGGCCCGAGUGGUAUCGAUUUCUUCCUCAUCUCGCGCUCAGCAAGAAAGUGAGUACGUGUAUUUGCCAAAAUGUUCAAGUGUUCCUCCUAAAGUCAACAGUUUGUAUAAUAGACAGCUUGUGUAUACAGCACUUUGGAUCGGGCGCUGGCAGAUUCAUUGCCCUGUAAACCUCCCACAGCUGCUGAUACCCUUUGACCCCCCACCCCCACCCCCUCUCCUGUUGAGAUCCUUCAGCGCCCCGUUGGCAACUUGCCCUGAUGUCUGUGUGUCUUUAGUACCUUUGUAUGUCUAUUUGAUUGUCUGUUCGUCGUCGAGCCCCAGCGUUUCAAAGCACUUCUCAUCGUUCACCUCAUAGAGUCCUGUCACAGUGAAAGUGAAGCGUUGCUGACUGGGGAGGCAGGCAAAAUGGAUCCUUUAUUCUCUGGGAACUAUUUCAGUGCCAAACUCCUGUUUUGUCUGUUUUCAGUGAUGCUGAAAGUUGGUCAGUAUUUGUGUGAAAAGAAGAAACAAAUCCAAGCAGUGAAGCUUAUGAAUUAGUCUGCUGAUGAGAGGGAAACGUCCCCAAUCAUCUUGAGUUCGAGCCCACUGGAUUGAUGUCGUUAUUGAGUGAUAACCGAGCUUUAUUCAUAACACAAUAGUGUUGCGUAAUCGCACACAUUAAUGCAGGUCUGUCUCUUUGUUUGUGUGGCGUAAGCGCUAAUGUGAAAUGCGUUGCAACAUUUUCAUCAGUCAGUCGAGGUUGUCUGCUCCGCAUCGGCAUGUUUCAUAAGCCCGGCAUGUUUGUUUUUGUUUAAAGCACUAAUCCAGGUUUUUACAUGAAUGUGGAAAAAGAAUUCAUUUAACUUGAAAAGAAAAGUUAUUGACAGAUUAAAGACAAACUUAUAAAUAAUUGGAUAUGUAUGUGAAGUGAUCUGCAAAGUGCUCAGUGGUAAACGAAAAAAAAAUGUUGCAAUUCUGUCCCAACAUAAAAAAGCACUCUUUCUAAAUUUUAAACAGCUCCCACGCUCGGCUUGUUUUAAUGAUUCACACAGUAUGUAGCUGUCCGUGUUUAGUUCUGACACAAAGAACCAAAACCAGUUUGGAUUUCCCCCACACGUGUCUGCUUCUGUGUUUUAUGGCGUUUAUUUGUGCGGGAUUAAAAAAAUAAAUUAAAAAAAAAAGAAGAAGAAGCCAAGUUGAUACAUCAGCAAAGUUUGAAGAAUCUGCUGCCACCAACGUCUUUCAUACUUACGGCUCAUACAACACACGCUUGUUAUUUUUCUUUGAAGUUUAUUCAAAAUAGUGGAAAAAAACCAUCCUCAUUAACUGCAGAGGGGUUACUCGUGGGUUACUUUCACAUUCAGUGUAUCCAAAUCUCUGCUGCUGCUGUUCAUUUAAAAAAGGUAUCUACAUAAAUAUAUAUACAUAAAUAUAUACAUGAAAUCGCACACUUGCCUCUUCUUGCUCAAAAAUGUAUCCCGUUUACCUUCUUGUACAUUUUUGAGGAGGACAAAUGAAUAUGCAAUAGAAAUACAGAUAAUCUAUCACCAUUCACAUAACAUUUAUGUGCUUACUUCUCUUACGUAUUUCAAUUUUUUAUUUUUUAUUUUUCCGAUAUAAGCUAUUUGCAUACAGGAGAUUCACGUAUAACUUUUAUCUCUGCAGGCCAGAUUUUUUUUCAGGAUAUUCAGGAAACAGUUAUCGGUCCACCCAGACUGCACAAAAAAAAAACAAAAAAAAAAACCCUAUUUGAUGUUUGACAACAAGGUGACCAAAGCAAAUACACACAAAUUCAGCAUUAUGUCAGUGUAAACUAAGGAGCUCCUAUACGACAAAUGUACAGUUCUUUUUUUUUUAAACCCCUUUUUUUUUUUUUUUUUUUUUUUUCAUUUUCCUUUUUCUUUUUUUUUUCUUUCCAACACAUUUUUUUUUACUCUAACGUGAUGGCUUUGGUCAAAUUGUGUAAUACUGUGAAUAGGAUAGGAGUCGGUCUUUUUCACACACAAACUGUUUGUGAAAGUAAUCAACCAGCUUGAAUCUAAAAAUAUUUGCACUACCCAAAUAUUGUUUUGAAAAUCUAUUUUGUAUAAAACAUAUGCAGACAUUAACUUUUGAGAAUUAUCAAGGGCGGAUCAUGUUUCACUGGUAUAUGCUUUCUCUAAAAAGCUUUUGUUUCGCUUAAAACAAGUUUAAUAUGUACAUAUAAUCCAUUGUAAAGAAAAUGUGGUGUAUUUGUCUCCAAAUAAUAGUUUUUCAGUACCUACCCUCUGUAUUAUUUCUCCUCUGUAGUGUGACUCCUGUUGAUCUUUUUCUGCAUUGAUUAAAGGUCAAACCGUA